AUGUCUUCUUCAUCAUCUGCUUCCAGCAGCCAGGUCAUAGACAGCAUGAAUAGCAAAUGGAAAACUAGAAAAAGCUUCGUUUCUAACGCCACAGAGGAGUACGACAUCACAGAUGAUGAUGAGACAUUAAGAGAGUCCACAGUAAUUACUCAGCAGCAACAAACAAACACAAAGAUAGUGGUCGCUACUGAUGUGGAAAUUAAUGAUUACUCUUCCCCGAACACCCAGAUCUUGCAAGGAAAAUUAAAGGUCAAUUCGACCAUCGAGAAACAAUCUUUGCAUAAGGUGACCUCCCAUGCCCAAUUAGUCAACAGGUUUCGGUACACCACCAAUGGAGAUUUCAGAUCUAGGUUCUCGGAUGUACGAUACCAGGAAACUAAGAGUAUUUUGGAUUCAGACAUUGCAAGAAACUCUCCGUUUUGGGGUUUCUACACUCCAUUCUGGCUAGCGAUUGCCAUCAUGAUGGCCAACAUUUGUACCGAGGCAAUCAGGGAAAAAGGGUUGCUUCAUUCCAUUGGCACUUCAAGAAUCAUCCAGAUAUUCUUCCAAGACGUUAUAUGGAUAGGUCUUUGUGAUUUUAUUAUGUAUUUGCUGCUUUAUGGAAGCUUUUUCAUCCAAUGGUUGUGUAAAAAAGAGUAUAUGUUGUGGGAGACCACGGGGUUUGUCUUGCAAUGUGCAUAUGAGGUGGGGUUUUUCUUUGGAGUUAUGUGGUGGUUGGAAUUAUCGAAUUAUCAAUGGAUUGGAAAAGUGUUUUUGGUAUUACAUUCGUUGGUGUUGUUGAUGAAGAUGCACUCAUUUGCGUUUUAUAAUGGGUACUUGUGGAGAAUCAAACAUGAAUUGGCGUUUAGUGAGAGUUAUUUGAAGAAACAUGAUAAAGUUGAUGACAAAACUACGGCGAUUUUGCAGAAAAGUAUUGAUUUUUGUAAAUUUGAGAUUGACAAUACCUCAAAACACAACCCUCAGAUACAAUUCCCUAAUAAUUUAACUUUGAGCAAUUUUUUCUGGUAUACUAUGUUCCCUACCGUGGUUUAUGAAGUGGAAUACCCGAGAACUACGAAAAUUGACUUUGGGUACUUGGCAGAGAAAAUUGUGGGGGUAUUUGGAAUCAUCGCCGUGAUGAUUGUCGUUGCUCAAGAACGGGCGUACCCAUUGGCGAUGCGGGCGAUUCAUAUGAAAUCAUUGCCGUUCCAGGAAAAACUUCGAGAAUACCCAUUUUUAUUACUUGAGAUGCUCCCACCGUUUUUUCUACUCUAUAUUCUCGUGUUCUUGUUGAUUUGGGACCAGAUCUUAAACGCAAUUGCCGAAUUGACAAAGUUUGCUGACCGUGAUUUUUACGGACCGUGGUGGAAUUGUAUCACAUUUGAUGAAUUUGCCAGACUUUGGAACGUCCCAGUGCACAAAUUCUUGCUUAGACACGUUUAUCAUUCUUCCAUCAGUGCAUUUCAAAUCAGCAAGACCUCGGCGACAUUGGUGACAUUCUUGUUGUCAUCGGUGUUCCACGAAGUAGUGAUGUAUGUGUUGUUUGGAAGGCUUAGAUGUUACUUAUUCUUGAUCCAAAUGUACCAGAUCCCGCUAAUUGCCAUAUCAAGAACAAAGUUCAUGAGGGGAAGAAGUGUAUUGGGGAACAUUAUCUUUUGGAUUGGUGUUGCCUCGGGAGCAGCUAUCGUCAGUUCAUUGUACUUGGUAUUUUAG